AUGUGCGGCUCUCAUGACGAGGUCAACGAGUAUCGCGGUCAGGAUGGCGUCCAUCUCGAGGUCGGUCACGUUGUAGGUCUGACGAAGGAGGUGCGAGUCGGGCGCUACGUGAUUGACUUUGUCGAGGUUUCCCGCCUGCUUGUUCCUCGUGGUAGCGGCCUUUUCCUGCUCCGAGGUGUCCCUUACUCCAGGACCCGUAAUAUGGGCGGCCGACUGGCGUCCUACAAGAACGAAGUCUGCCAGGUGCUCGAGGUUGACAGUGACGAUCCACGCUCUCCUGUGGAGCAGGCCACAGUCGAGUUAACGAUUAACGACGUCAAGCCAGAGCCGAGGGUCCUCCACAGGACAAACAAGCCCUUUCCUGAGUGCCGAUUUGAUCCUGCGAGCUACAUAUCGAGUCAAGACAGAGAGGACCGCGCCCCAUUGACUUGCCGAUGGGUCCACACGUCGUACUAUCCAGACAAGCGGUUCCGACGUGCCAGGCGUCCCGUCGACGGCGAAGUCCUUGCGCAUUUCAAGGAGGGGGAUGUCGAGAAAAAUAGACAUCGCACCUCGGACACGGAGCGCACGAGGGACUGGCGGAGGGGAUCAUACACUAAAGGCGGGUCACUCGUACCCCAGGGCAAAGAGGAAGUGGCCGAUGCAAAACCUGGCGGAGAUGGUCGACUUCCACGCCUCGCUGGACAAAAAUACACGGUGGCCGACAUGUUUUCGGGUGCCGGCGGCUACACGUGCGGCGCAAAGAUGGCAGGGUUUCGAGUGGUGUGCGCAGUCGACCACUGGCCCCGAUGCAAUGCCACCUACCGGGCUAACCACCCGGAAGUUGAGCUCCACGAGGCCGAUAUUAUGGCCUACUGCAACGACCUCACUGUUGACCACGAGCCUGUCGACCUUGUGCAUCUGUCUCCGCCUUGUCAAACGUGGUCUCCAGCCCACACGUGCGCCGGAAAGCAUGAUGAGGCCAACAUCGCAGCAUUGUACGCCUGUCAGUAUAUCGUCGAAAUGCUUCGGCCUAGGUUUCUUACCCUGGAGCAGACUUUUGGCAUUGUGCAGGACCGCUACCUCCCGUUCUUUAAUGCGCUCGUACAGUCCCUCACCCGUUAUGGCUAUUCCCUCAUGUGGAGAGUACUGCCUCUCGUUGCGUUCGGGCUGCCGCAGACCAGGAAGAGGCUGGUUAUGAUCGGCGCCGCUCCAGGACAGCCCCUCCCAGACUGGCCGAAGCCCACACAUAGCGACAGCCCGGGUGCUGGUCAGAGGCAGCUGGUGUCUGCCAUCAGGGCGUGUCGCCGCCUUGUAGACGGAGAGGAUCUGCACGACGCCUCCGGGGCCCGCAUCCUGGACCGCCCGCCCUGGAAUGGCUCCCUGCCUAUGAAUCGGACCAUCACCACCUCGGGCGGCCAAGCAUACCACUGGAGUGGGCAGCGAGAGCUCACACUUGCCGAAUUUGCCAGGCUGCAAGGCUUUCCCGAUGGCUAUAAGUUGGUAGGGCCUUGUGUCAAGAAACAAAUCGGCAACGCCUUCCCGCCUGUCGUUGUACACCAGCUGUUGAAACACAUGCGGCGUUGGCUGGAGGAAAUCGACUGUAUUAGAAAUAGGCCUGACACUAGCGAUGUAAUCUCCAUCAGCAGCAACGAUGAUGAAAAGGAU